AUGGCAUUUGAAGAGGAAAGUAUUUUGGAUCUUGAUAAUCUUCCAAUAGCACAUUUUCUUACCUAUAAGUAUGAAAUCAUUGAACACUUUAUGAUGCCAAAAGCAGAACAAUGGUUGUCCAGAAUUAUUUCAAAGAUAAAAACAAAAGAUCAAGUUUCUAGAAUCACAAACAUUUGUUCACAGGGACGUUAUCGAAUUUGCAAAUUAUACUAUGAGGAAUUUAAACCCUAUUUAGAUAAGCAUUUUAUUAUUGCAGCUCUUAAUGAAUUUCCACAUGAGGUUAGAGAACGUGCAUUAUUAGAAAAUCUUCCACCAUUUGGACUUGAAUUAUAUUCGCAAUUUUUUUCUAAAAGACAUGAUAGCAGAUUAUUUGAAAAACUUCUUUUUAUUACAAACUGGUAUGAUGUAUUUGAUAAAUUUAAUAGUAAUUUAAAAUACAAAAGUUUUUGCCAAAAAAUAAGACUUGAAAUGAAAAGAUACCCGGGGGUUCCUGAAUUUUUAGGAUGUGUUUUUCUUAGAGAAUUACCUUAUAUUAGUCAUUUUAAAUCUAUUGAUGAAAAUUGGUUUUAUGAUUUUCGUGCGGUUUGUGCUGAGUCUGAAACUAAUAGAGCUAUUGUUAUGAUGUAUUUUCCAGAAUUUGUACCAUUUUUGAAAUCAAGAAAAUUGAAGCAGGAAAAUGAUGAAAAGGAAAGAAAAAGGACAUUAGGUAGAAAUUUAUUUCCUGAUGAUACAGAGGUUCCUGAUGUUCCAUCUAAUCCAAGAUUCCAGUCUGAUUAUAUGAGUCAUCUUACUGAGAUAUCUUGUAAAUCAAUGGGAACAAUGCAACCAUUAAAGUCAUAUCAACAAGAAUUAGUAUCAGCUGUUGAUGGAGAUAAUGAGAACCACAUUUUAUGGGUACCUGAACAAAUAGGAAAAAUGUCAAUUGUGUCUCAUAUUGCUGAAAAUCAUUAUCAACUACUAGCUAAACACCAAAAACUUACACGAAUGCUUUUUUUGGUACCACAUUUUAAAUUUAUUGAAUAUUGA